GUAAUGAAGGUGUCACGCACUGUGAAGGAGCUUGCAGUGAAUACUCAAGAUAGGGUAACUCGCAGUAGCGUUAUACUUAUCACUCUUCAAUUUUGGGUCGUCCCGCUUUUUCAUGCGUUCAGAGGCAAAAGAAAGUUGAACGAUGCAUUCUAUCCUCAUGUGCACAUAUCAGGAUAAAGACACAGAAUCCAAAACACUCGACGUUUUUUAAAUGGAAAGUCUCCCCAAUGAAGUUCUUGCCGAAAUAUUAGUUCAAGUGUCUGGCGCUGAUUUAAUCAGAAGCUGUAUCCUGGUAUGUCAUAAAUGGAGAGACGUCAUCAACAGCACUCAUCUGUGGCAAAUCAAGUGUGAGAAGACAAGGAAAUUCCUGCCAAACAUCACUCCUCCACCACACGAUGGCAACUACAUGAAACUUUAUUUCUUCAAUCCAUAUGGGAGAAAUUUGUUGAAAAACUCAUGUGCCAAAGCUGGUUGCAUUAAAUGGAGGAUAAAGGAGGAUGGUGGCAAUGGAUUCGGCGUGGAGGAUGUUCCUGUUGAUGUGAAACCACUUUCAGAUUUUGUGCCCAUGGAAGAGCCUGGUGUGAAGGUGUGGACCACUUCAUACUACUGGUGUGUCAAGUCUCAGGAGGUUGAUCUGAAAGCUGAGGGUGUGGAGGAGUGGGUCAUGGAUCAUGUCAAGCCACAUAUACAGGUGUCUGACUGGUAUGCGGCUCGUCAUGAUAGCGGGUGUGCCUAUGAAAUGACCGUCCGGUUAUUGGAUUGGAUGGGACACCAGAUUGACAGCCAUGUGUUCCUCAAACAGUUUCGACAGGGGGAGGGAGGGGACUGGCAUCAGGCGUCCCACACUUUCAAGAACUACUCUUGUGAUAUCCUCUGUAUGCUUGUUCUUGUGUUCCUGGGGUCCCACACUUUCAAGAACUACUCGUGUGAUAACCUCUGUGUAUGCUUGUUCUUCUGUUCCUGGGGGCCCACACUUUCAAGAACUACUCUUGUGAUAUCCUCUGUAUGCUUGUUCUUGUGUUCCUGGGGUCCCACACUUUCAAGAACUACUCGUGUGAUAACCUCUGUCUGCUUGUUCUUGUGUUCCUGGGGUCCCACACUUUCUAGAAAUAAUCUUGUGAUUACCUCUGUAUGCUUGUUCUUGUGUUCCUGGGGUCCCACACUUUCAAGAACUACUCGUGUGAUAACCUCUGUGUAUGCUUGUUCUUGUGUUCCUGGGGUCCCACACUUUCAAGAACUACUCGUGUGAUAACCUCUGUAUGCUUGUUCUUGUGUUCUAGGCGUCCCACACUUUCAAGAACUACUCGUGUGAUAACCUCUGUGUAUGCUUGUUCUUGUGUUCUAGGCGUCCCACACUUUCAAGAACUACUCGUGUGAUAACCUCUGUGUAUGCUUGUUCUUCUGUUCCUGGGGGCCCACACUUUCAAGAACUACUCUUGUGAUAUCCUCUGUAUGCUUGUUCUUGUGUUCCUGGGGUCCCACACUUUCAAGAACUACUCGUGUGAUAACCUCUGUAUGCUUGUUCUUGUGUUCCUGGGGUCCCACACUUUCUAGAAAUAAUCUUGUGAUUACCUCUGUAUGCUUGUUCUUGUGUUCCUGGGGUCCCACACUUUCAAGAACUACUCGUGUGAUAACCUCUGUGUAUGCUUGUUCUUGUGUUCCUGGGGUCCCACACUUUCAAGAACUACUCGUGUGAUAUCCUCUGUAUGCUUGUUCUUGUGUUCUAGGCGUCCCACACUUUCAAGAACUACUCGUGUGAUAACCUCUGUGUAUGCUUGUUCUUGUGUUCUAGGCGUCCCACACUUUCAAGAACUACUCCUGUGAUAACCUCUGUGUAUGCUUGUUCUCGUGUUCCUGGGGUCCCACACUUUCAAGAACUACUCGUGUGAUAACCUCUGUGUAUGCUUGUUCUUGUGUUCCUGGGGUCCCACACUUUCAAGAACUACUCGUGUGAUAACCUCUGUGUAUGCUUGUUCUUGUGUUCUAGGCGUCCCACACUUUCAAGAACUACUCUUGUGAUAACCUCUGUGUAU